CGGUCUGUCGGUCCUGGAGGUCGUCUCAGGCACUAGUACUGGUGGAGGAGCGCACCAGAAAGAUUUAGAGUCCGCCAAUGCUGCGGUUUGAUCAGUCACGGGCUUGUGACCAAAUUAAAGCUGAGGCCCCCCUUGUUGUUGACCCCUCGUCAGCCCUCGCCUUCUGUUGCCGCAGCCUGCCUACCGCCUCUUUUCACGCCGUCGACGACCUGUAAACACACCUUGUACAUUGACGAACGUUGAAAACAGCGAAAGGAUGAGCGGAAUCGCGAUGCGGCAGUACCGUGACAUACCUGCCGUAACGGGGUCCACCCCGGACUUGCAGAACUACUAUGAUUCCGAUGUGCCUCCUCCGCACCGCCUGUCUGGCAUCGACGAUCCCUACGCUUCAACCACCCACCUUCCGCCCACACCCGACUCACGCGGCAACUACCUUCCGACUUCCUCUUCCACAGCAAACCUCAACAUGGCUGACACGAGAGGUUUUAGCAACAUGGACAACGGCGCAGGCUACGCGGGCGGCAACGGCCAGUGGCUCGAGAAGCAGCAGACCGGCAAAAGCAAGUCCAAGUGGAUCCUCAUAGCCUCGCUCGUCGGCCUCGCCGGCCUCGUCGUUGCUGGUAUUGUUAUUGGCGUCGUUGUUUCGCGCAAUCACAAGUCCAGUUCGAGCUCGAGCUCGAGCUUGAGCACAGGCACGAGCACGAACAGCAGCGGCACGCCCGCUGGUCCGACAGGCGUAGUCAAUCAGACUGACCCCAACGAUCCGUCGACGUUCGUCAAGGAUCCGAACUUGAAACAAUCCUUCUAUGGCAUUGCCUACACACCUGCGAACUCUCAGCUUCCGAACUGCGGAAACUCGCUAUCGGAGGUUAUCGAAGAUAUUCAGCUCCUCUCCCAGCUGACCUCGCGUAUCCGUCUAUACGGAGCUGACUGCAAUCAAUCGGCCCUCGUCCUGGAGGCAAUCAAGCAAACAAAGGUCAACAUGACUGUCUGGCUCGCGAACUACAAUGUCCCAACUGACGGAGGUACGGCGUACGAGCGCCAGCGUGGCGAAAUCCAAGCAGCUCUUCAGACCUAUGGUACCGACCACGUCGGUGGCGUUACCGUUGGUAAUGAGUUCAUAUUAGACUUCCUUUCCGCCAACGGAGGCGGCGAUUCACCGAAUGGUGCCGUUGGUAACGCGGGUGCUCAGCUCCUCAUUCCCAACAUUACCGACACCCGGAACAUGCUCGCCAGCAUGAACAUCAACCUUCCCGUCGGUACUGCUGACGCAGGCAGUUACUUCAACAACGAGGUGCUCGAGGCUGUUGACUAUGGCAUGUCCAAUGUUCACCCAUGGUUUGCCAACGUCUCCAUCGACCAAGCCGCAGGCUGGACAUGGGACUUCUUCCAGACAGAGAACGUCGAGGUCGCGCAGAGCUUGACCAACAAGCCCAACAUGUAUAUUGCUGAGACAGGCUGGCCGACCAACUCUACCGACGCUGGCAACGAAAGCAAUGGCCCAUCCAAUGCGUCCGUUGCGAACCUGCAGUACUUCUUGGACACGUUCGUCUGCGCGUCAAACACUAAUGGCACCGAAUACUUCUUCUUCGAGUACUUUGAUGAGGUAUGGAAGCUCAUUGAGUUUGGUGGUGUUGAGGGCUAUUGGGGUCUAUUCUACGCGAACAAAACCCUCAAACCUGUUACUAUCCCGGAUUGCACCACCUAGAUGGAUCUCAGACUUGUCAUGGACAGUUUUUUUUUAAUUCCUCUACUACGCAACUACACUGUACUCUCUGACACUUCCUCGCGGACGCAUCUUUGACAGACCCUCACCGCAAGUAUUUUCGGGUGUAGCUACCAUUUUGGACAUCGCUUUCACACCCUUCCGCUCUUUUACCAUACCACUCUUUGCUCAGGGUUUGUACGGACGGUCUUUUGUUGCAUCGCUAGCUGUUCGCUUUAUUUCAAUCUUUUCGUUCGUG